CUUGGCAAUAUGUCGAAUUCGUUGUUCAACUGACAUCUGAGCCAGUUCCGGUGUUGACGACCUGUUGCUGGACCUAGACACAAUUCUUAAAGGCUGAUUACCAAGGGCACAGUGCAGAGCAUACCUCUUCUGAUGGCACUGAUGGACGAUGACAUUCGCGAGGCUCCCAAUGAGCAAAGUAGCCUCUUGCCAAAGAAGCACGAUAAUGACGACCAUUCCACGAGCCAGGAAGAGGGUGAAGUCCUCGAUAUCCUGCCAGAGGACGAGACUCCAACUCGACAGCUCGUGCUUCACGAAUUCUGGGUUCUGAUUCGAGGGUCAAUCCCAGUGAUUCUGGCCUACACACUACAGAACUCUUUGCAAACAGUCUCCAUCCUUAUCGUGGGCCGAGCUUCACCUCAGGAUCUUUCUACGGCCGCGUUCUCCUACAUGUUUGCUAUGUGCUCAGGCUGGUUGAUCGGGAUGGGCGGAUCAACGGCACUGGACACUCUUGCCUCUUCCACUUUCACCGGAAGCAAGAACAAGCACGAUCUGGGUAUCCUCCUGCAGCGAGGAUUCGUCGUUUUGACUCUGUUCUACAUCCCGAUUGCAAUACUUUGGCUGUGCUCGGAACCUAUAUUCAAAGCUCUCGGCCAGAGCCCGCAGCUCUCACAUGACAGCUCGAAGUUCUUGAGCUGUCUCAUUCCAGGCGGCCUGGGAUACAUCUACUUCGAGACGAUGAAGAAAUACCUUCAAGCACAGGAAAUCAUGCGGCCAGGGACAUAUGUGUUGCUGAUCACAUCACCCAUCAGUGCAUUGCUGAACUAUCUGUUCGUUUAUGUGGCCGGAUGGGGAAUCUUUGCUGCCCCUUUUGCCACCGGAAUUGGUUACUGGCUGUCUUUCCUGGGUCUAGUGCUCUAUGCAAAGUUCGUGGCAGGCGGCGAGUGUUGGGGCGGCUGGAGCAAGAAAUGCCUUCAAAAUCUGGGUACAUUCGCAAAGUUGGCUGUCUUAGGCUUCAUUCACGUCGGCACUGAGUGGUGGGCUUUCGAAAUUGUGGCUCUGGCUGCGGGCAGACUAGGCGAGAUUCCUCUGGCAUCUCAGAGUGUGAUCAUGACGGCCGACCAAGUCAUGAACACCGUUCCCUUCGGCAUCGGCGUCGCUGCCAGUGCCCGCGUUGGCAACAUGCUCGGUUCGAGGAACGCCAAAGGCGCUGCGAGAUCUGCGAACGUUGCUGCCUGGCUAAGCAUGAUCAUGGGUGCACUUAUCCUGGCAAUCUUGAUGGGCACGAGAAACCACUUCGCAAAGAUUUUUAACGACGAUGAAAAAGUGGUCAAGCUCACUGCAAAAGUCUUGCCUUACGUUGCACUUUUCCAGAUCGCAGAUGGCUUGAACGGCAGUUGUGGAGGUUCCCUACGAGGCAUGGGCAGACAGCACAUUGGAGCUGCUGUUAACAUCGUCAGCUACUAUUGCGGCGCUCUACCCCUCGGUAUCUGGCUGGCCUUUCAUGGCUGGGGUCUGCCUGGGCUUUGGGUCGGGCAGUGCAUUGCUCUGUACCUCGUUGGAUUUGCAGAAUGGGUGAUCGUAGCACUCAGCAACUGGGAGUAUCAGGUUCAGAAGGCUUUUGAGCGUAUGGACAAGGACGAGUUGGCCGAGAACGGUCAUGCUGGGACAUCGGUGCCAGCACCGGCGGGCAACGGGCCACAGUAACUUUGGUGAUGACGAGAAGCAG